ACCCGGACUCAAUAGACCAUCGCACCAAACAUAAAUGGCCGCCUCCGAGCAGCUCGACGUGAGCGCAAUAAAAUCGGAUGAAAAAGAGACCAACUCGUUGAAGGGAACGGACGAGUGCCUACUCACAGAGAAUGACACAAAACCCGAAAAGAACGAAAUGCCUGGGGCUGAUCAGGAAACAACGGACCCUUUUAAAAAACCAAUUGCGUUCGCUGCGUCUUCUCUCGCCAGCAAACGCAGCCUGAGCGCUCCUGCUUCCUCCAAACCCGAAGCCGAGAGGAAUCCCGGGAAAGAAAGCAAGCAAGCACACGUUGAGGAAUCCAAUUGUGAGCCCUCUGUUUUUCCAGAAGACGACAACGAAACGUCGGAGAUUGGGCCAGAAAAGAAUACAAAUGGUGAUGAAAACAGAGACGUUGCUUCACUAAACGUGAAACUAGAAUCUAAACACAGGGUGCUCCCGUCCAAGGUUCCUUCUGCUGGCAAGUUCCCUCCUCUCCCAUACACAGAGCCUAAAUGGGGCGGCCCUGCUCCGGAUGACCUCUAUGCUCUUGAAAUUCUAAAAAACGGCACCAUAGUGGACAGAGUGCCCCUCGGGCAUCGAGGCUACUUUGUGGUUGGGCGUUUACCGGUGUGUGACGUCUCUCUGGAACACCCGUCCAUUUCCAGGUACCAUGCUAUCAUCCAGUACCGCCUACAUCCCGGCGAAGGGGAGUCUGUCGGUGAGGAUCGAGGUUUCUACAUCCAGGACUUGGGCAGCACACACGGCACAGUUGUAAACAAGAACAAAAUUCCUCCUAAAACGUUCAUCAGACUCCGUGUUGGUCAUGUCCUUAAGUUCGGCGGCAGCACGAGACUAUUCAUCCUACAGGGUCCAGAAUUUGAUGAGGAAGAAGAGUCUGAACUAACAGUCACAGAGCUGAGGGAGCAAGGCAGGAAACAGAGGGCGGAGCUAGAGAAGAGAAUGCUGGGAGAGGGGUCCAAUGAUGACGAGGGAGAGGACAAGGAUGAAGUAACAAGCGGCAAGAGCAACGUGUCCAGUGAAGACUCGGGCUGUUCUUGGGGAAUGGCCGAGGAGCAGCUCCCAGAACAAGAUGAAAAUGAGGAGAACCCCUUCUCAACAGAGUUCCAAGAAGACCAGGAAGCUGCUUACUUAAAGGACCCUAAAAAGGCCUUACAGGGUUUUUAUGACAGGGAAGGCGAAGAGCUGGAGUUUGAGUAUGAAGACAAAAGCCAUGGCAGCUGGCUCUGCAGGAUCAAGCUUCCGGUGGACGAUGCCUUGGGCCGGCAGCUCGUUGCCGAGGUGACCCACACGGGCAAGAAGAAAGAAGCGGCAGUCCAGUGCUGCCUCGAGGCCUGCCGCAUGCUCGAAGCCCGAGGACUGCUGCGCCAGGAAGCAGUGUCCCGCAAACGCAAGAAAAAGAACUGGGAAGAUGAGGACUACUAUGACAGCGACGACGACACCUUCCUGGACCGGACGGGCACCGUUGAAAAGAAGAGGAAAGAAAGAAUGAAAAAAGCAGGAAAAAUUGAGGAGCGGACCGAGACCUACGAAUCACUGCUGGCCAAGUUAUCACAGGUGGAGAAGGAGGUAGCAGAAGCACAGAAAAAGCUCAGCACCCCUGGGGAAGACCCUUCUGGCUCUUCGACCGAUGACCCGCUGGACGCUUUCAUGACCGCUGUGCGCAGCGAUGCAACCAUGGAUGCCCUGGAGCGCAGAAAGCUGCACGUGCACAUCGCGGAUCUCCGAAAAGAUGCCCAGCGGCUGCGCAAAUUGGUGGAACUCACUCGCCCUUCACAGCUUCCCUCGUUGCUACCCAGUGGCAGCUCAAAGUCUGAGAAACCGAAGAAAGCCUUGCCGCUUUUUGGAGCCAUGAAGGGAGGAUGCAAGUUUAAACUGAAGACUGGAACUAUUGGGAAGUUGCCUCCGAAGCAGCCCAUCUUGCCUCCCGAACUCUUUAACACGAAAGAACUUCCGCCAGGAGGAGAAGAGGAGGAGGAAGGAGAAGAAAAGGGGGAGGAAGAACCGGACAUGGCUGAAAAUAAGGAGGAUCAUGAAAAUAAACCUUGCGAGAUGAACGUUGAUCCGUUAGAGGCCGAUGACCUCAUAGCUCAAGCGACUUCAGGACAGAAAGCAGAAAAAUCAGUGUUGGAGCUAAAAGAACAAAAUCCCGAAAAGAAGAAAAGUGCGGCUUGUACCGACACGGGGAACCCGUUUCCUCAUCAGAACAUCAAGUCCAACCACGACCAAUCAUCUUCCGAAUCCAGAGACAGGGGUGAUGAGGAUCUUAAUCCAAAAAAGAAAAAGAAACGCAAGGGCAAGCCACCAGCGCAGCUCUCGAGUCAGUAUCCCCAGGACGACCCCGAUUACUGCGUUUGGAUGCCGCCGGCAGGGCAGACUGGAGAUGGCCGCACCCAUCUUAAUGACAAGUAUGGCUACUGAGUGGAAAAAUCGCCCCCUUGUCAUUGAGUCAUAUCUGACCCAACACGUCAACAGCUCUUUACACCAUCAAACUGUAUGAUCAAGCUCAUGAGAGACCACGAGGGAAUCAAAAUCAACACUGAGCUUCAAAUAAUAAUGUUGGCUGAUCUACAAAAAAAGAGGUCGCAGUUGUCAAGCGUUGCCAAUGCAGGCAUUUGACCCCUUCGGCCCCGACACACAAGAUUUAGGUUCCGUCCUUUUCACCUUUCAAGCAGAAAAUAGAAAAUGGCAGCCCAAGACAAAGAGAACUGAAUUCAGCUUUUAUUUUUUCUCCCCUUGUCUCAUGCUGAUCCUCUUUCACUUCAGACCACCUGACAUUCAGUCUGUAUUCCUCCCCUAUUUGGUUCUACUUGAUCACUGGCUUUGCUUCCCCCUCCCCGGAAAAGAGAGUGUGUAGCAGGGAGGGAGAGCAGUGAAGCAGCUUUUCUGACCAUCUGGACACUUGGAUGGCUUACUGGAUGAAACGCAAGCUAAUAAUGACUCAAGCUACAGUAAGCGGAGUUGUGUGUCAGCUGAUACAUACGCGCGCACGCACACACACUCAUGGUCAGACCUUCUAAAAGUUCUCUUUUUAACAGGAUUGUCCUGAUGCCAUUGUUGAGCAUUUAUGUAGGAUUCCCACUCAGUGCUGCUCACUUGGUUUGCAGCUAUUCUCUGCUUCUUUUCCGGUGACAAAGUCGAUAAUAAUUUUACACUGUAUUUCGUUAUGUAAACACAAUAAAAUGUCUGUCGACAGCUGGCUAGGUCAUUUGACACACUUCACAUUAACUUCACGAAUCAAUUAUACAAAAAAAGAAA